GCCCGAGAGCUGGAGAUGUGCUCGGUAGGACUAUUUGAAGACGGUUACCUCCCGAUAUCCCUAACAUAGCUUCUUCCUCGGUUUUACAUUUCGUAUCAUCUUUUCUCAGAUGGUCUUACGCCUCACCAUUUAAGCUGUCGAGGACCCUUAAAAGUCUCAUUGGGGUUUUCGGAUCAGAGCUCACCAAAGCACAAAAUGUCUUUCAAGAAGCAUGGCCGCCAAUAUGAUGUCGUUGUAUUCGGAGCAACCGGUUAUACGGGCCUCAUGACAGCUGAGCACAUCAGUUCUCAAUUCCCAACCGACACGAAGUGGGCUGUUGCUGGUCGGUCAGAAGAGAAGUUGAAGAAAGUUGUAUCAGAGUGCAAAGCCCUGAAUCCGGACCGCGUUCAGCCUGAAAUCGAGAUUUGCAACCUAAACGAUGCAGACUUGCUUGCGCUAGCCAAGAAGACUUUCGUGCUUAUAACUACUGUUGGACCCUACGCAUGUUACGGCGAGCAUGCAUUCAAGGCAUGCGCCGAGGCUGGCACCCAUUACCUGGACUGUACAGGCGAGGCGGUCUGGUCAUUAUCCAUGAUUAAGAUAUACGAGGCCAAAGCCAAGGAGACCGGGGCUAUGCUGUUCCCCCAGAGCGGAAUUGAAUCUGCCCCAUCAGACAUACUCACCUGGUCCCUGGCACAGCUAAUUCGAUCGGAGUUCUCUGCUCCAGUCAGCGAUGUUGUGGUUGCAAUCCACGAGCUACGCUCUGCGCCCUCAGGCGGCACACUUGCAACUGUCUUUGGACUUUUUGAGAUGUACAGCCCUCAGGAAGUUGUGGAAUCUCAUAGGCCGUACGCCUUGUCGCCUGUCCCGAACCCACAACCGGAGCCCAGUUCGUCCCUUCUGUCGAAGCUGACAGGGCUGUACACCAUUCCUAACCUUGGAUUGCUGCACACUUCCAUCACGGCCGGGACGAACGCUGCCGUUGUACAGAGAUCGUGGGGGCUGUUCAAGCAGGAGCCCUCAAGGCAGCAGCAGUUCUACGGCCCCAAAUUUACGUACCGUGAGUUUAUGAAGGCAAGGAAUUUUCUGAUUGGCAUGGCGAUGCACUAUGGUCUCAUCAUCGGCGGUGUACUUCUCAUGUUUGUGCCGCCCUUUCGGAGAUUGAUGCGUCAAUUCGUCUUCCAGCCUGGUCAAGGUCCAGAUAAAGAGGAAGCUGCUAAGGACUACAUCGAGUUUCGCGCGGUUGCCACUCCGGAUGUCGAGCCGAGUAAUGGGAAGCAGGCUACUGUGAAGGCGUGGUAUGCUGGAAGCAUGUACUACUUGACGGCCACGUUUCUCGCCCAAGGCGCAGCAACCAUUUUGCAGGACGACCUCAAGUUGAAAGGGGGCAUUUAUACACCGGCCUGUUUAGGUCAGGGAUACGUGGACAGACUCAAUGCCACUGGCUUCAAGAUGGAAACGAGGACGAUUGACUUAUGAUAUUGACCAAGACACUUGUAUGGUAUGGUAUGUAUACAACUGAUGCGCAAACCGCCUGCAAACCGAUGUGGUGUGGACUUUUAGCCAAAGAUGCAGUCAGAAUCUUGUUACUGCGGCCCAGUCAUCCUGGCG